UUUCUCUAUUUUAUUCAAUUUUUUAUUUGACUACGGCAAUUUUUCGUUACAAAGUAUCGUAGUAGGGCAAGUAGACUAUAAGUGUAGUUUUCAAAUCUAUACCGUUUAUUGUAAUUAUCCCUUGGCUCGAUAGGGGCAUUCAGGUAGUUUAUUGAAGUUUAUUGAAAUUGGUGACCAGCAGAGGCGUGAGACGUGUGAGCCGUUACACGGCGUCUCUCACUCACAGUCGAGCUGUUUCUCUGAAAAAUAUAAUUAAGAAAACAGAAUUGUUAAUUAUAAAAAGUGACGAGUUUAAAAAUGCCGUUCAAAAAGAUAGAACGAAACGUUCAUACAGAACGUCGUACAUGGAAAUUAGAAAAUAUAAGUGAAACAUUCGCAAAAGUAGAUACGUGGAGGAUCGAUUCUUCAGUGGGUCCUGUCCAAGAGACUUACUUCUUUUCUACAAAUUUUCAAGAUCAUGAAAUUGACUGGUACGUCAAGUUGGAUUUUCGUCAUAAUGAAUUGCAUAAUGGAUUCCAGAUAUAUUUCGACGCUGUUGAAAAAUUAAAACCUAAGAAUCAUGUCACCUGUAAUUUUUACCUGGUCGACGCCGACAAAAAUGAGUUUUUCAUUGGACGUAAAAACCGGAAAUUUGAUUCGACUUAUUAUUAUGGACCUGCAGUUGGUUACAGCAUUAUUCAGAAUCAGGCCAAAUUACCAAACACUAAAGAUAAAUUAUUGCCCAAUGAUACCAUGACAUUGUUGAUCGAACUCAACAUUUACUUGGAUGAGAAUCCUAUAUUUCCUUUAGAAGAAUUAUUUUGUCGAAUUGAACAAGUUUUGAAUUUAGAUGAUAUCUCGCAUUUGUAUCCACUUAAAGGUGACGGUGACAUUAAGAUUUCUGUGCAAGGUGUUGAAUUUUCAGUUCAUAAAACUGUUAUAGAAAUACGAUGUCCGACACUAUCUAAAAUUAUUGGUGAUCAUCAACAAAUGUCUGACAACGAUAAUAACCAAUUGGUUGUUACGGAUAUCAAGCCAGAAAUAUUUGAAAGAGUUUUAGAACAUAUCUACACUGGGAAAGUCAAAGAUUUGGAUGAUCAUGCAGAAUCUUUGCUAGAACCUGCUUCGAAAUAUAAAUUAUUAGGACUAAAACAUAUGUGUGAAUUAUCCCUCACCAACCACUAUCUUACUUACGAAAGCGCUAAAGAGGUUAAAAAAUUGGCUGCUCGUUGUGAUGCCGUUAUGUUAGCUACAAACGCAGAUUCAAUAAUAAAUGAGUCGUGCACUUCACAAGUAGAUUUUUCUUGUACACGUGAUGGUACUCUGAUUGAAAUAAAACCCAGUGGUAAAAAAAAUGUGUAUAAAGACCGUUUUAAAAAACAUAUACCGAAGGGAAUUAAGAUUGUUCCAGACAGAUUGUCUUUGCAUCACUAGAUGGCAAUUCAUUCAUUCAUCUCAGCAAGAUUUUUCUUCAUAAAAUUGAAUGUUUUCUAAACACAUUUUUGUGCUUAACUUGAGUUUGCAUUUUUCCAUUUUAAUUGAAACUUCCAAUAAGAAGUUACUCUAAGAAUUUACUUACUUUCAAUUUAUAAUCUAAACUUCUAUUUAAUAUGUUCAAGAAGUUUUUAUGUCGGUCUUUAAUCGAUGUAAAGUAUAAACUCUGUAAUUUUUCAUUAAACAGGAAGUUGUAAAAAUUACAUACAAUUACUAGC